AUGUACCCUUGGCAUGCAAAACUCGCUUCCUGGGCUGAGGGUACGGGUCUUCACAUCGAUGCCCUGGGCCUCGUUACGCUCCUCGGAGCGGAGGAGAUGGAUCGCAGCAUAGGGAGACUCGUCCCGAGCCUCUACUUUGAUUUUUUACCCUUGUUAGGAGCGUUUGUUGUGGCAGGGAAUCGAUUCACCGAAAAGAAGCCCGGCUUUACACUGUACAACAUCUCCGAGGGGAUAAUGACCACCGAACUUGCUGGUUGGUUCUCCAGAUGGCUUCAAGGACAAGAGCUAUAUCGAGCCCGCAGCGUGGUCAAAUGGGAAGUUGGUAAACGACCUCCUAGAUGGAGGUCGUUCCUCAUCGGCCUACUUCUUAUCAGCGUUCCCUCUUAUGGAGUACUCAUUGCGCUCACUGUAUUAGCGGCUGAUUGGUGGGGGUUUGCAAAUGUCAUGGCCAUGAUCGUUUCGGUGAUUGUCAGAUACUUCCAGGUUGCACAAAGUCAGGCUGGUAUCGAUGAGAAUAUCAAGCAAGCCCAAGACGAGGCUCAAAGAUACAAUUAUGCGCAAAAACUCGAAAUCUAUGAGACAGCGCUGGCACGCCACCACGAACUGCGUCAGAAAGGGAUAAUCAGUGAGGACGCAAAAUUGCCAGUGGAACCCAAGGAUCCAUUUGCGAUUGCCAAAGUGAUUGUCAUUACCGAGGACUCAAAAGCUGUGACUAUUGCUGCGCCCAGAUAUCUGGUCAAGCAAGCCUUUACAGCCAGCCCCCAAGUUCCAAAUUCUGUUCUCUACACAGCAUGUCAAUGGACUGGCUGGGUUGCAUUCGCGGUACAUGUUAUUAGCAUUGGCAUGGCAGGUCUCUACACUCAAAUCUGCUCGGUCGUCAUCAUACUUGUUGCUACCGUCCUGACGGCUCAUAAGGUGGGCUGUGAGGAUUCAAGACUCUGGUCACUCCUCCGAAGCAAACUUGGACAUGGCAUAGACGAAGACCUGGGAUAUAGCUGUUGGGUUAGCUCAAGAUUGAAGGCUACCUUAUCUUCUUACCCAGCGUCUUACACUGACUGGAGUGACAGCCAAAACGAGCGCAAACUCCCCAGUGUGCAGGAAACAGACGAGCUGAGAGGAGUCUUGAGACGAGGCCGAAGAAACCCGACCGACAUUGAAUCAUCCAGCUCGAAGCCGGAGGUUUCGAUCAAGAUUCCAGAGCGUCGUCAAGAUCUGUAUGCCUGGUUGGACCUGACAGCAGAGGAAGAUAGUCAUCUCAACUUUUGGGGACUCAUACCCCAUAACCAGGAGUGGAAGAAUCUGUAUCUAGAAAAGAAAGCCAAGCACCGCAGGCGGAUGGGUGGUCAUUUUUAG